CCUCCCGACCGCCUUGUCCCGGCGACAACGCGGCGCAUGCGUAGCGGCGGUAGCAGCAGCGGACCCGGCUGGCAGUUUCUUCCUCGGGAGAAGUGACCCCUCUGCCAUGGAGUCCUACGAUGUUAUCGCCAAUCAGCCUGUCGUGAUCGACAACGGCUCUGGUGUGAUUAAAGCUGGUUUUGCAGGAGAUCAAAUUCCCAAGUACUGUUUCCCAAACUAUGUAGGCAGACCAAAACAUGUUCGUGUCAUGGCUGGAGCCCUGGAAGGGGACAUUUUUAUUGGCCCUAAAGCAGAGGAGCAUCGUGGGCUGCUUUCCAUCCGAUACCCCAUGGAACAUGGCAUUGUAAAGGACUGGAAUGACAUGGAGCGCAUCUGGCAGUAUGUCUAUUCCAAAGACCAGCUUCAGACUUUCUCAGAAGAGCAUCCUGUGCUCCUAACUGAAGCUCCCUUGAACCCACGAAAAAACCGGGAACGAGCUGCUGAAGUUUUUUUUGAGACAUUCAAUGUGCCAGCCCUCUUCAUCUCCAUGCAAGCUGUGCUUAGCCUAUAUGCAACAGGAAGGACCACGGGAGUGGUGCUGGACUCUGGAGAUGGUGUCACCCAUGCAGUACCCAUCUAUGAGGGCUUUGCCAUGCCCCAUUCUAUCAUGCGCAUUGACAUUGCUGGCCGUGAUGUCUCCCGUUUCCUCCGUCUCUACUUGCGCAAGGAAGGCUAUGAUUUUCAUUCAUCAUCUGAGUUUGAGAUUGUCAAGACCAUCAAAGAGAGAGCCUGCUACUUGUCCAUAAACCCACAGAAAGAUGAAACUCUGGAAACAGAGAAGGCUCAGUACUAUCUGCCUGAUGGAAGCACCAUUGAGAUUGGCCCUUCCCGGUUCCGUGCCCCUGAGUUGCUGUUCCGGCCAGACCUGAUUGGUGAGGAGAGUGAGGGCAUCCAUGAAGUGCUCGUUUUUGCCAUCCAGAAGUCUGACAUGGACCUGAGGCGCACACUCUUCUCCAACAUUGUACUUUCAGGAGGUUCCACCCUGUUCAAAGGUUUUGGUGACAGGCUGCUGAGUGAAGUGAAGAAACUGGCUCCAAAAGAUGUGAAAAUCAGGAUAUCAGCUCCUCAGGAGAGACUAUAUUCAACAUGGAUUGGGGGUUCCAUUCUGGCCUCUCUGGACACCUUUAAGAAGAUGUGGGUAUCUAAGAAGGAAUAUGAAGAAGAUGGUGCCAGAUCCAUCCACAGGAAAACCUUUUAACGUUUGGACGUCUCUUUCACCUCUCUCCGAAGUUAACUCCACUUUAAAACUCGCUUUCUUGAGUUGGAGUGUGUGAGGAGUUGCCUGUAUGUGGGUAUGUGUGGCUGUGGGUGUAGGUGUGUAUGCGUGUGUAUGUGCGUGUGCCAGUGUGGCCCGGGGAGCCCGGUGCCUGACAAAAAAAGAUGGUGACUUCCCCCACGAUGGAGCCUAGAACCUAGGGGUUGACCACUAACUUACUCCUGAGAGGGGAGAACACCUGGCUGGAGUGCCCCAUUACUUUGUUGGUCCUUUUUCUUUCUUUUUGGGACUAUGUUUACUGCUACUGUAGGGAGAGGAGGAGGGCAUGAACCACCAGAGAGGAAGGCCCUGCCACCAGCUCCCUGCCACCUUCCAGGUGGCUGGAGCACAGGCCUGCCACCUUCCCUUUGCUCCUCACUCUAUGACUUGCUGGCCACUUGAUCAUGGGGACCUGUGCGGGAACUGUUUGGUUUUCUUGGUGUUUUUGUUUGUGGAAUAAGAAGCACACUUGGAGCUGUUUCAAAAUUCCCUGGGUUAGGGGAAUGGGUGAGAGGAUAGGAAUCUUUGGAUUUACCUAUGGGGCAAGACCACAGGAGGGAAGUGGUGCAGGAUAGGGGCUUCCCUGGCUGGGAUCAGGUGCAGAUGCCUAGGCCAGCUAAGCACAUCCCUUCCAACACCCUUGCUGCUAUUCUUCCUCUGCUCUGUAGAACCUUGUAGAAAACAGAGGAGACAGUUUAAGGAGCCAGGGUAGGGGCGAACCUGCCUUUUGGAUCAAGUCGCAUCUGUGGCAGGUAAGCUGGAUGAUGAAGAGGAAAGCUGAAGCUGCAGCUACAGGCACAAUUAAAUGUGCUUCCUCUCUCCAUCUUUGCUUUAGUGUGGUUUAGGUGAAAAUCCUAUUUGCCAUAUGGUUUUAUUUAUUAUUAAAGUGUUUGAUAUCCUCCUAGGUACUAAGAGAGCCAAGGAGGAGUUGGCAAGGGGAGAAUCCCUAGUAGCUUCCUGCCAUUUCCUAGUCUCCCUCCAUACAACUAAUGUUUACAGCACCUAAGCUUAGCGUAGUAGCCCAGCCCCUGGAGAGGUAGGGGACCCACUGGGUCCCACUAAGUAUUGUUAACAUUACCCUACUGAGAUGGCAGGCAUGGGCACUGGGACCAGUUGGAACAGAAGGUUUUGAGCAAAGGCAUUCCUGCCAACCUAAAUCCCUUCUCCUGCUUCCCGCUCCUAUCACCAGGCAGAUUGCUAGUGGGCUUUUCUGGUGCAUUGGGCGCCAAUGUCUUCACUGGAGUUCUGUAGCUUUGUCUCAGAUUAGUGUAGGGAAGGAAGAGAAGGUUCCUUAUCCCUGCAGCCCCAGAGGGGUAGUUAUCAGGCAGAGGAGCAAAGGAACCUGGUUUCUUAUUUUCAUGGCUAUAUAGCGUGUCUGUACUAGGUUGGCAGACACCCUUGGAGCCCAGAGGCCUGGCUAGCUUCAUGUUUUGCAUUGUGCCCUUAGCCUCACCCCAGGGGCCCCAGGCCUAGCAGAGAAAGAAAAGCCAGAGCUGGAAAUUGGGGUCGGAGAUUCUGACAGAGGAUAUAGCCUGGGCCCCUAACCUGCUGCUGACUACGCAGGAGAACUGGAAGAGGGAUCUGACUACUACUAGAAUUGGCACUGCCUCACUCAAAGCUAGGUCUUCAAGCAGGGGCUCCAGGCAGCAGAAGCGUUCUUCUCAAGGCUGAGGAAGGAAAGGUGGAAAGGCAGUGCCCUGCCCCCUGUCCAGCGAGAUGGUUUUACCUCCUGCUACGGGUCAGUUUCAGUUGAAGCAUCUGGCUCAAGCCACCCCUUCCCGAACAGUGGCCUAUAACCUAGGAGCCCUUUGGUGCCUAUUUGCCUUCAUUGAUACUCGUCGUGAAUAAUCAUGUGGCCCUCCCUUGAUGUGCAGCAGGCCCCUGCCUGUCCCAUUUCUAAAUUCCAAAGAUGCCAGUUAUCGUCCUCUCCCCCCAACUCCACUGUGACCAAAGGCCCCAGCCAAUGGGGGGCCAGGUGUGCGUGAAAGCAAUGUGGCAACCAAAGUGCAGUGUGCUUCCUUCCACCUUCCUUCUCAGCCUAAGCCUGUCCCUUGCACAGCCUGUCUCCAAACCACGUUGCCUGGUGGUGCCCAGUGUACUUAAAUAAAGUUGUUCCAUAGAUA